AUGGUCAUGGUCAAACCUAUAGAAUUUUCAACCCUCAUGUGUCCGGCCCUUGCGAGUUUUAAGACUUGCGGUCUCACUCCAAGAGUUUCAACUACGCCCGAAGCGGACACGGGGCAUUGUCAUACAUGCUCGCAGCACAAUCUUUUGUCGUCACAAAAUGCUUCGCGUCCGACAGAUGAACUCGUGAUACGGCUUUAG